AUGUCGUGGCCGUACCAUUUCGUUUCACUCUCCGAAAGCGACAAGCUGCAUCGCAGGGAGCUGCUUGAUCUUCGAGGGAAUUGCGCGCAGUGGUCAAUUCUUGUCGUCAUCGUUGCCGUUCGGGUCUUUCGCUUUGCUACGAGAUCAACCACUAAGCGGGAUGCCCCGGUUCCUGGAAAGACCCGACAAUAUAUUGUCUGCGGGCUGUGGCUAUCAUGGCUUUUAGCUCUUUCGAUAUGGAAGAGUGGUGAUGACUAUCUCCAUCUGACCAAAGCAUUGGGCCAUGUUGGCCUGUCCCAACUACCACUGCAGGUUCUGAUGUCUCCGGCAAACAUAUCUCAGCCGGCAGCCUCAUCUGUACUGUCUGCUUUGACUGGUAUCCCCCAGCGAGCAUUGACACCGUACCACCGUCUCUUUGGUCGGGUGGUUGUCUCUGUCCUGCUGGCUCAUGCCGCGCUGUAUACGCUGUUCUUCGUGCAAUCCAGCCAUCCUGAAUUUGGUAUAUUGCUCUUCAAGCGAGUGCAAGAUCUGGAUGUUCAAUGUGGCCUGGUUGCGAUAUUCUCGGCUGUGCUGAUUGUUCUCUUCGUGCGGCCUGCUUCCCAGAAGGGGCUCUUGACUUGGCUUGUGCAGGGCACCAUUCAAGAACGCAGAAAGAUGUUUUACUUUGGCCAUGUGUCUUUGGUGGUGUUAUUGUGUGUUGCGGCUUACUAUCAUGUUAAGCAGGCACAGAAGUACAUACUUCAGACUUUAGCAGCUUCUGUGCUUAAUUGGCCAGAGCAACAGCCCAUAGAAUUGCCUCCUCCCGAACCGAUACAACACCCCCAGCUCCAUGCGGGGCAGAACACAUAUCUCCCCGAGAAAGAACACCCGAUCACACGUCUGAUUGGAAAUGCUCAACAGGAUUUCAAUCAUGCGCACUCGCGGCAAUCAAAGACCCUGGCCGAGGCCGUGAAGGAAUACCAGCGCCGUUAUAAUAUGCACCCACCGCCACAUUUCGAUAAAUGGUUUGAGUUUGCCCAGUCAAGAAAGGUACAGCUCAUUGAUGAUUUCGACUCCAUCUAUCACUCCCUCCUCCCCUUCUGGGGUGUGAAACCUAAGACGAUUCGCGAACGGGCGCGCGAGACACUUGGAUUUGACAAUGCGGUUCUGGGUGUUCUGAUCCGCGACGGCAAGGUGUCCUUAACGGAUGGAGGGGGUGACGACCGCAAGUGGCAGCGAGACGCCACAGCGGGCAUGAUGGAAUCUUUUGUGAAAUACCUGCCCGACAUGGACCUGGUGUUCAACACUCACGAUGAGCCGCGCGUGAUCAUCCCUAGCGAAGACCUCCAACGAUUGGUGCAUACAGCCAAGGACUCCAUUAUCCCAGCAGCGUUCAAGAAAACCCCGACCAAUGCGUGGUCCCCACGUGCUUCAGACCUAAACAAAGGCGAUCGCAUCGACGAGGUUCGCACCACUCGUUUCAACCGUUUCGCACACCAGCCGACUUGGACAAACUCCCGAGUCUCUUGUCCGGCUGAUAGCCCAGCGCGCGCACUCGACGAAGAUACCCCCGACAACGUUGAUCCUUAUGCGUAUGGCGAACUCGGCUUCAUCUACAAUACCACCGCAGCCUCUGACAUCUGCAACACUCCCUCUCUCCGCUAUACAUAUGGAUUCUUUGACCGACCCAACGCCUUUGAUGUCGUCCACGACCUGUUCCCCGUCUUCUCGCAAAGCAAAAUCUCCAGCUUCCAGGAUAUUAUUUACCCGAGCCCCUGGUACUGGGCCGACAAGGUCCCCUACGAUCCUAAAAAAGACUAUGCUUGGGAGGCCAAGACCGAUCGAAUGUACUGGCGCGGAUCCACAACUGGUGGGUUUUCGCGCGCAGGUGGCUGGCGCCGACAACAUCGGCAGCAAUUUGUCGACAAUGUCAACGCCUUAGGUACCACUAAAGUUCUCGCUCGCCAGGGGGAUGGCUGGGUUUCACAGGAAACUAAUCGCGACGUCUAUCGUGAUUCCUUCGAUGUCAAGUUCACACUUAUCGGCCAGUGCGACCCGGAUGACUGCAAUGCGCAGACUGAAUACUUUGGAGUAUUCAAGCAGACUGGGCAACAAGAUGCGUGGGCGCAUAAGUUCUUGGUCGACAUCGACGGCAACGCUUUUAGCGGGCGAUUCCACGCUUUCUUGCAUAGCAACAGCUUUGUCUACAAGAUCGCUAUUUUCCGCGAAUGGCACGACGAGUGGCUGAAGCCUUGGGUACAUUACGUCCCUCUCAGCUUGAAAGGCAACGAGUACGUUGAGAGCAUGCGAUACUUCACCUCAGAAGAAGAGGGCAAAAAGGCCGCUCUUCAAAUCGCCAACCAGGGCCAGCGCUGGGCACAGCAGACCCUACGAAAUGAUGAUCUGGAGGUUUGGUUCUUCCGGUUACUCCUAGAGUAUGGCCGCUUGGUAGACGACAACCGUGAACAACUAGGAUUCGUUCUUUGA